AGUCAGAAGCAGCCGGCUAGCCGGAGGGCCAACAACAAGUCGCAGGCGCGAAAAGCAAUCGAUUGGAAUUAUCGAGCUAUCGAAAUAAUCGCUACAAAUUUUGAGAUCUUCAAAGGGGAUCAUUUUUUUAGUUGUUGGAAGUAGUUAAACAGUUACUUUGAAAACUAAAGUCUGAGAAGUGAUCGAAAAGCAAUCAUCGUGAAAUUUUGGCAGUAAAUGGUUAAAGUUCAAAGUCUUACUCAACGAAAUAUUAUUUAAUUGUUGUGUAAGAUAGUGCGAGUUAAAAGUGUGUGCUAUGAAACGCAUUUUAACAGAAUGCCACAUUUUAUCAGAAUUAUUUAUGAUUUAUCAACAAUGAAAGAGAUUCCUCGUCAAUAAACACAAUAAUAUCAACAUACAUCAGUGUUACAACCAAUAUCCUUUCUAUUCCGUGCUAAUCCUUUAGGAUUCAAACAGUACUGCGGCCAAUGUGUUAAUUCUUCGAAAGUGCCUUCGGUUCGCAGCCGAGCAGGUGACAAGUGUUAAAGUGCAAUGUGCUAAUUAUGUCACACGGGGCGUAUGCGUGCUGUUGAAAGCCAAUAGCAAGUGAGAGCCAAAGUAAAAGGCGCAAACGGGUAACGGAAAAUCGAAUAGGCGAAGAUGGUGGCGAAGAAAAAGGCCUAAACGACCAUUCAAUACUUGUUGAAUUAUUAGCCGAGUGUGUGUGAGUGCGAUUGUGGAAGCAAACAACAAAUGUCAACUGCCAAUGCCCUGAGAGUGUAAAACGAAAUAUGUGAAAGAUACAAGCCCAGUCGCAGGGGAAUCGGCAUCCGGGGACAAACGAAAAUGAAGUGUCAGCGCUGCUGGGAUGAAAUUAUCAAUUGGGCAAGCUGCUGUGGAAAUGUGAUUUAUCCACCUGCCGCGGGUGAGGUGUUCUCCGAGUGAUAGCCGUGUGUGCCACACGGGUGUGUGCGUGUAGACAACAAAGGGAAAUAAUGUCAUGCAUUGGCUCGACGGCAUUUCUUUGGAUGACAAUUUAAUUAGCGGACGCGCCAGCGGCAGCAACGGCGACAACAGCGACGGCAAUCAGCGGAAAUCAACGCAGUCGAGCUCAUCGCCCACCAAAGCAAAACGAAGACGUCAUGCACACUAUAAGCUAAACAGCAGAUUGGACAGAAAGUCUUCGCGGGGCAUGAUAUACGAAAAUGAGGAGCUCAGGCUGCGCACCAUUAAUAUUAAUGCAGAAGUGGAACGAGGGCAAUCGGACAUCAAGCGACUGCGGCGGGAGAAUGAGCAAUUGCGUCGGGAGAUCUGGACCUUGCGGGACGAGUGCGAUAGGCUAAACAAACGCUUCAAGGCGAAGCUCAACGAGCACGAGUUUGGUGGAUGCAGGGGCAGCGGCGGCAGUGGCGGCACAUGCCACGCCUACCGGUGCAGCGGCGGUGGGCGUGGGAGCGGAGGUUGUGAUGCUAAUAGUGAUGACUCUGACUCAUGUGAUACGUGUCGCGGGGCAGACGACGGGCACUGCAGCGACGAGUGCUGCCAGGAGGGAGGAUCCUGUGCGCCACCAAAGCCUCCACUACCGCCGGAGGUGCCCAGCCCCCCAUCCCAAUCUAAAAACGAGGAUGGUAACAGCACCAACCAGACCAAGGAGCCGCAGCCCAUGCACUUCGAUCACCUGUCGGUGGUCUCCGAGGAGACGCUGAGUAACCCUGAGCUGAUGCACGUCCAGCAGCAGGAGCAUCUUACGAUAUUCCCCCCACCAGACGCCCACGGAUCGCAGAGCACGCUGCCCAGCAUGAUGGGACCGCUCACCCCGCUGACGCCCAUCGAACUGGUGGCCAAUCAGCUGAACGACCUGCAGGCUAUGGUGCCACCAUUGUCCUACUUUGAGAACAUCCUGUCGCAGCAUAUGGGCGCACGAAACGCCGCCCAAACGCCCUCUCCGGAGUUGGGGACCAGUUCGAGCACCACCACCGGCAAGACGAUGCGGCACACGAACGGCUGGGACUACAAUCUGCAGUCGCCCUUCACUCAGCGCAAGUACAACGAGCCGUCGUCGCCGUCCCGCUCGCCACCGCCACCUGUGAGCACGAUGACCACAUUUGUGCCCACGUCCACCCUGCAGACGAUGCCCAAGAUCGCGCUGAAUGCCCCGCCACACCCACACCUGGCGGAUGGUGGCGACAUCGAAACGGUGGCCAUCACCACAAAUGCCGCGCAGCAUGCGCUCAACAGUCCGAAGCACUUCUUUGCGCCGAUCAAGCCGCGUUUGAAGCUCAACACCAAGCUGGCCAAUCAGGGACAGGAUCUCGAGCAGGACGAUCUACCGCCGGGCUCACCGCCGCCGCCCUUGCGAGAUCCACCGGAUAUCUUCGUGAAUAACGCCCUGGCCUCACCCUAUCAGCGCCAAGUGUCCCCACAAGUAAGUCCUCGUCACCGACGGUCCACUCACUCGCAUUGCCACGCCCACAGCCACCAGCGCAGCCGCCAACGCCCAAAGCCAAGCCACUGCUCCCUGCAUCGGGCGGUGGUGGACGUGGCCGCUGCCGUGGGCUUGGGGGAGGUGGGUCCGCAUCCGGGGUCCAGUGUCCUCGAUAUAUACACCGCUGCUCUGGCGGCAGCAGCUGCCGCCAGGUGCUCACCGCUUCCGGCGGCCAGAUCCGUCGAACCCAUCUACGCUACAGCACAAAAGCCGGCUCAAAAUACGUGCAUCUCGGCUACGUCUGUUACACAGCCGGUGAUGACCAUCACCACCCAAUCCAACAAGACCACCACCACUAGGUGGCCUUCGCCCCAAAGAUUGGCGGCAAGUCGAGCGAAGGCCGUUGGCGAGGCCAAGAGGGCGGACAAGUCCGCGGAGAACGUCAGUCAGACGGAUUCGGUCAACUUGGAGUCCAUUCUGAACGACAUCGAGACGAUUUCGGAGGAUAUACUGGCCAUUCAGCUCGAGAAGAGCAAGUCAAGGGACAACCUAAGCCACAAUAAUAACAAGGACGAUGAAAGGGUGAAGAAACCCUAUCGCUCCGAAAUGAACCUGUAUCUGCAGUAUGACGGCACAAAUCCGACCAUUUCACCCGCCACCACGGACACCCAAACAACGGAAAUCGGAACAACUACACCGGCGGUGACCACGUCCAGCGAAUCGGGAAACAGUGGGAGCAGUAAAUUAGUGCGACGCACCCGAUCCUUGGAGAGGGAGCACACCGACAGCCCUGCACCGCACAUUCCGGACCCCAUGACACCGUUUCCCGACAAGUGCACCUACCUGGGAUUCGAGCAGCUGAACCAGGCGGCAGCUGGGGCCGUAGUGCCCCCCCAAUCGCCGAAUGGGCAGAGGCCUCCCAUCGCAGCCAAGCCGAAUGUACCGCUGAAACCACCGCCCCCGCUGCCACCAGCCCGCAGGCCAACCAUGCCCACUGAACCACCGCCCCCGCCUCCAACCACUUCCGCUUCCGGCGUAAUCGGUCUGCCGCCCAACAAGAGUCACCUGUACAAGACACUCGCCUCGGCGGCUGCCAAAAGAGCCAUCUUCCGCUCAUCGCCGUCGCAGUUAACCAGAUCCCUGGACGUGGAUCCCACUGCAUCGGAUGGGGAGACGGGCGUGGCAGGUGACCAGUCAGCUGCUGGAAAUAUGGACGAGUUGGCGAGGCGGAAGGCACGACGCGUAUCCAUCGUUUGUGGAUCCGGACAGGGAGGCCAGCAGGACGAGGUGGCCGCGCCCGUUACUACCGUGCCCAUGGCUACCGCCAGUUGUGUGGACCUGAGCACAGUGCUCACUCAUCCGGCAAUCAAGGCUUUUAAGAUGAGUCACAGCACCCCCAACUCGCCGCAUUCCUCGCGUCGUCGCACCAACAGUAACUCGAUGGCAGCUCCACCGGGAACACCGGUGGGCGGUGGACACCCCGAAAUAGGGGCCACUGCAUCGGCACCGCCCAGCACCACACAUCAUCACCACCAUCGCAAGGAGGGCAGUGAUCCGGUUCCCAUGACGGCCACUGUUAGUCGGACCAAGUGCUCCAGGCGGCACUCCGAGGGCACCGUUCACACCGUCCACCGGAACAGUGCUGCCAGCGGAGGAGCAGGCGGUGGCCACCACCAUCACAGCCACAGCCACCACCACCCGCACAGCGGAAUGGUGAUCAGCAGCAACCCGCACCACAGCCACCAUUCCCACCAGGACAGCAACCACGAGACGGUUACCUCGCUGUCCGAUCGCAACUCCAACAGCUUCGCCUCCUCCCGCGAGUCCUCCACUAGCUUCAGCAUGCGCUCCAAUCGUCGGAAGAUCUCGGUCAGUUCGCACACGGGCGGCAAGAUCCCGUGGUGCGGCUGCUGGGGCAAUGGAUGCCUCUAGAUUGGGGCGAGGUAUCAUCAGCUACCGUCCAGGAACAAACUCAGUAUAGUUCACUUAGCUAUCAGAAUCAAUCAAUUGAAUGGGUGUAGGUAAAUAAGAGUUAGCACACACUUUUGUGUACAAAUAAUUACCCAAAAUCAAAACAAACAAAAUGCCACAUUCGAUAAAUAAUUAAAAUGCCAAAGAAUUUGAGUAUUGGUUUGAAAAUGUUUUUUUAAUUAUUAAAAAUUAUUUGCUGACAAGUAUUGAAUUUUUAGAAUUAUAACUCAGUGAACUUAAACGUAAAUAUUAUAGUUUGUAUUUUGUUAUUUGGGACUUAUUCGAUUUAAUUACGGCUAAGUGAAUUAUACUGAAUUCCACAAAGGAGUGUACAUUUCUAAAUUCUCAUAUAUCCACUUAACGUGUUUGUAUAUGGCUAAGUAAGGUUAGAUUGCCAAACAAAAGCGGAGCAGCAUUUUGUUUCUAGGAACUAAGUACAAAACCCAUUUUGAAAAGUUAUUAAUUUAACCAACGCAAGUCAAAAUCAAACCCGAUCUUUGUUGUACAUAUUACGUUAGAAGCAAUUAAGUUGUAGCAUUUAAAUGUUGGUCUCGAAUAGAAGUCAUGUAAAUUCUACAAACAAAGUUAUGUUAUAAUUGUUGCUGAAUUCGGAGAGAAUGCAAAUCAGAAAUACAAAAUAGAA